AUGGAUUCCGGUGGAAUUGUAGAUGAACUGAUCGAUCCGGACGCUCUGGCCAGCUUGGAAAGAACAUAUAAUGAGCAAGUUGCUCGUGGUAAUCCAAGUGCUGUUGCAAUCUAUUCUUAUGCUCAUGGCUUGAUCAAAUCUAACAAUCGUAAUGUACGUAAGGGAAUCAAAUUGUUGGAAGAUUUAUUACGGAAAGAAGUUGAGGAUAUAUCGAAGCGUGAUUAUGUAUAUUAUCUUGCAAUAGCGCAUACUCGCUUAAAGGAGUACGACCGAGCUCUUGCAUAUGUUGAUAUAUUACUCAGUGCAGAAUCGAAUAAUCGUCAAGCAUUGGAUUUGAAGGAUCUAAUUCAGCAUAGAAUGAAAAAAGAUGGGAUCAUUGGCAUGGCAAUAUUGGGUGGAGGAAUUGCUGUAAUUGGUGGUUUAGCUAUUGCUGCAUUUGCUGCCUCGAAAAGAAGUUCUCAUUCGUAA